AUGCAGGAAGCAGAGGUGCAAGUCGAAGGGGUUAAUGUGGUGUUUAAAGAAUCCGUGCACAAAAUCUUGGAGCGGAUCAAGAACGAGUCAUUCUUCAGGUGGCCAAACAAAAUGGGAGGCAACCCGUCCCGGAGGAACCAAAACCUAUACUGCACAUAUCACAGAGACAAAGGACACACCACCGAGCAGUGUCGGGUAUUAAAAGAUCAUCUCGGGCAGCUGGUAAAGGCAGGGUACCUGAAAGAGUUUGUAGUAGACUCCACUGACCGAGAAUCCGGACAGGGCGUCCAACAGAAAAGGAACCCCCUCCCACCUCCACUGGGGGUAAUCGAAGUCAUCCAUGCUGCACCAAGAGGAACGACAGCAGCAAAAAGGGUAUUAACAGUGGCUUGCACGGGAGGAGAUUCAGCCGAGAAGAAGAAGAAGGUUGAAUGGCUAACCAUCUCGUUCGGAGAGGACGAUUUGGAAGGAACAGUCCAACCCCAUGACGAUGCUUUGGUGGUAACGGCUCGGAUAGGCGGGUUCCUAGUGAAGAGGGUAAUGAUCGACUAA